AUGCCUGUCACGCAAUUCACCGUUCCUGAGCGAUACAAAUAUCAGACUGGAUUCUUGGCCAACUUGGAGACUGAAGCCAUACCAAACGCACUUCCAAUUGGACAAAAUUCCCCCCAAAAAUGCCCAUAUGGCUUGUACGCUGAAAAAAUCUCGGGGACUUCAUUCACAGCCCCACGGUGGGAGAAUCAGCAAACUUGGGUCUACAGAAUCAUUCCAUCGGCAGCUCAUGCGGACUUCAAGCCCGAGACUUCUGGUGGCCGAUUCGAAGCCAAAUUCAACCACAUCCCCAAUCAAUUGCGCUGGGAUCCAUUUGAUCUGGCCGGUGACGAAGUUGACUGGAUAGGCGGAUUGAAUAUGGUGGCAGGAGCCGGUGAUGUGUCACUCAAACAAGGGGUGGCAUACUACAUCUACGCCGUGAACAAGUCUAUGCCGAGCAAGACCGCGUUCUAUAGCGCUGAUGGAGACAUGCUCAUCGUCCCGCAAACGGGCGCCAUGGAUAUUCAGACCGAGAUGGGUCGGCUCCUGGUCCGACCCAAUGAGAUCUGUGUCAUCCCUCGCGGCAUCAGAUAUCGAGUCGACUUGGUAGAUGAGGACUCACCGCUGCGGGGGUAUAUACUCGAACUUUAUCAAGGCCAUUUUCAGCUUCCGGAGCUCGGUCCCAUUGGUUCGAAUUGUUUAGCCAACGCACGCGACUUUCAGAUUCCUGUGGCAUCCUUCGAGCACGACACGAAUUCUCAAUGGAAGGUCUACAACAAGUUCUGCGGACAGCUCUUCUCCGCCAAACAGAGCCACACGCCUUUUGAUGUUGUGGCAUGGGAAGGCCGCUACUAUCCUUACAAGUACGACUUGGGUCGGUUCAAUACCAUCGGAACCAUAUCAUAUGAUCAUCCAGAUCCGUCACUCAACACGGUGCUCACGGCUACAACCGGUGCUCAUCCUGGAACAGCGAUCGCCGAUUUCGUUAUUUUCCCUCCCAGAUGGCUAGUUGCCGAAGACACCUUCCGGCCACCCUCGUACCAUCGGAAUGUCAUGUCGGAAUUUAUGGGGUUGAUUAGCGGAUCUUACAUUGCAAAAGGAGGCGGCACUGGAGGUUUUCAGGCUGCCGGCGCAAGCCUCCACAACUGUAUGAGCUCGCAUGGCCCUGAUACGGCAGCAUUCGAGAGGGCUAGCAACGAAGAGCUGAAGCCGGUUAAGGUUGGUGUAGGAAGCAUGGCAUUCAUGUUCGAGAGUUGCUACAUGGUUGGCGUCACAGAUUGGGGCCUGACAAAAUGUCAGAAGCUUCAAGCAAAUUAUAGCGAUGAGAGUUGGGUCGGCUUGAAAGAUUUGUUUCGACCACCCGACUCAUCAUCCCUGGUGGUUAAUGGAUCGAACAAGUAA